GCGCUGGACCGGAAGCGCGCCUGGCGACGACAACAACAACAGGCAACCUCCCGGCUCCUUUGCAGACGAUUCGUCACCCGAAUCUGCCUUGGACGGUAUUUAACCCGCAGCCCUUGCAGUCCGCGCACUGUACGAGACGUUGCCGGCACCCUCUGCUUCUGACGUCUCUUCCUUCUGCCUUCCAUCCAACCUCCGGCCCAGCAAGCUGAUGAACAGAGACAUCUGCAUCCACACAUGGCCAUGUUCUUAUUAUUUGGAACCUGAGAAACGAUGGAUCCCUGGCAAGCUUUCACUGACUUCUGUUUUGCUAAAGUUUUUGGCUGAUAAGAAUGGAGAACUUCUAGUCAGCUUCCCUCUUUCAAGCAUCAGUGAGAUUAAAAAAGAAUCGUCGCACUUCAUCUUCAGUUCCAUCACUGUUCUGGAGAAAGAGCACAUUAAGCACUGGUUCAGUUCCUUCCAGCCCAGCCGGAAUGUGGUCUUCAACAUCAUCGAGCAUUUCUGGAGGGAGCUGUUGUUGUCUCAACCAGGAGCCCAGGCAUCUUCUCCCCAGAUGACCAAGGGUAAAGAACUGACAGGCCUAAUGGCCUCUUCCCAGAAACGGUUAGAAGAUACAGCAAAAGUCCUUCACCAUCAGGGUGAGCAAUUUGAUAACAUCAUGAAAGGACUGGACAAGAUUGAAUCAGAUAUGGAUGUAGCCGACAGAUUGCUCACAGAACUUGAAUCUCCUUCUUGGUGGCCCUUUAGUACCAAACUCUGGAAAAGCCCAUCUGAACCAAAACCCAAGGAAAGUACCUCAGUAUCCAGUUCUGAGGCAUUUGGAAAAUCGGGAGUGAUAAUAAAAAUCCCAGCGAUUAUUUCACAAAGCACUGAGCUGCACGCUAAACCGGGAAGAUUUACUGUCUUGGUUUCUGGACUGGAAAUCAGUGACUCUAAUUCUCAACUUUUGCACAGGUUUGAAAGGGAAGAUGUAGAUGACAUUAAAGUUCACACCCCUUACGAAAUCAGUAUACGCCAGAGAUUUAUUGGUAAGCCAGACACAGCCUAUCGACUCUUGUCAGCAAAGAUGCCGCAAGUUAUUCAAAUUUUAGAAGUGCAAUUCAGCAAGAAAAUCGAGUUUUUAGAAGAUGCAAUGAUGUUCCAAAGCACAAGAGACUCACCUCCAGCAGAAAAGGGCAUUGCUAUCUGGCGUGCAGCAUCUGGGCUAAUAGAAAGUGUGGUGCACCCUGGACCUACCCUCAAAAGUGGAGAAAGCAGUCAGAUCCAGUUACAAGUGAAUGAGCAGGUUUCUGAGGAAGAAGCUCAAGAACUAAGACAGAUCUUGAAGAAACUGAAGAGCAUUGCUCUAGAAACUGAGACAGAACUGGAGAGGCAGGAUGAAGUCCUCGAUGGCCUGACUUCCUCUGUGGAGCGCUCGACCCUGACUAUCGACAAGCAGAAUCGUAGGAUGAAGAGGCUGCUGUAGAACCGCAGGCGGGGAACUGGUGGUUUGGUGGGAAUGUGGAACUCUCAGGAGACACAAGUGACUUUAUUUUUUAGGAUAAGUGAUUAUCUUAAUGUGUUGUUCUCUCAUUGUUUCUGUAGUCUUCAUUUAUAGAGAAGACACCAUGGAAUAAUUUCCAGGAUCAGAUGCAUGCUUGGAAGCCUUCUCCCAGCCGCUGAAGAAGGAGAAACUUAAUCAUGGUGUAGUGGCUGAAGUCAUCUAUCUGUCACUAAGACUCCUUACAGACAGUGGGAUUCAGGGGUCUGGAGGACUUUCUCUAAAGAGAUUCCCAUGCACUGAAGAAGUUGUAGAUUAUUUUUGGAGGGGGAACUUCACAGUUAAAAAAAGUGAACAACUUCUUUUUUAUGUGUGAAAGCCUAAGUGCUGUAGGUUCCUUCAGUGUGUGAGAUUGUGUGGUGCAUUUUUGUUUGUUUUCCUGGAAUGGGAAUUGGAUCCCUGGUUUUGACACUUAAUUGGGUAAGUGACUGUGGACAAGUCACAUAGUCCCCUUAGGCCUUAGUUUCUUCAAUUAUGAGAAAAACUACCAGUAAGAAAGUUGGACUAAUUUAUCCCAAAGUUCUCUUCCAGUCUACCGUUCUGUUACAUCUGUGAGAGAGAAAAAAAUACUUCUAUCUGUUUAGUGAAAUAGAGAUGGCGUGCAGAAGUAUUCUUGCUUCUGGAUACUGUAUUAAAACUUUGGGGAAGUGAUAGGCAUGAUGUUUAACACAAAGUGCCAAAUGCAGAAAUUCCAUUUUAAACAGUUUUGUGUAGUUUCUAAGUAAUUUGUAUAUCAACUUCUUGGGGUUCCCCCCUUUUAGAUGUUAGUGCAACAAACAAACAAAAUUGACAGUUCCUCUUCUUGAAUUAUUGCAGUCUCUUCUACUAAACUUUAAAGAUGAGGUAUGUUUUUGAAGAUUAAAAAAAUAUUUUAAUCAGAAGAGGAAAAUUAAAACUCUCCAGAAAGAAGCCAAUCUGCCUUUUUGAGUGCAGGCAUAUGCCCUGUUUAAAUAAAACCUAUUGCUUGGUUGCGUAUUAAAUUCUGAAUAUUUUUCUUAAAAGCUUUCAAACGAGUUCCUUUCCAGCCCUUGAAUACUUAGUGCUCUUCGCAGUGCCUGUACCCUGGGAUGAGCAUUCCCUUUGGGACUUUAAAAUCCUACAGGGGCUGCUUGGGCAUUAAUCACAUAUAGUCCCCAUUAGAUGUGGAAAUUAAUUUACUCCAUUUCUUUCUUGAUGGUUUUCUUUGAUAGAGUAGGUUUAUAAAAUUGUGCCAGCAGACUGUUCUAUUUUUCUUUUUAAUUUUACUGCAGUUUUCUAGCUGAGAACACCUCCAGGAUAUCUUAUAAACACCUUAAAUUUUCAUUUACUGCCCAGUUCCUUAGCCAAAAAUAAAAAAAAGGGCAGCUAGUUAUAUAGAAUAUUUUAAAAACUCGUGUUGGUCUUUGCUUUUACUGCCUCAUUUCUAGCCAGAAUUGAAAGAAAGCUGCUAUAUGUAGUGUACUUUUCAAAACCUAUAUUGAUUUUGGGGGGGUUUGAUUUAUGUGUUUCAGUUAGCAGACCAGAAGUUAACGCUUUCUCCUCCUGGUAAGAAUUACUUAUGAAACAAAACUAGUUGUGGACUGCAAACUCCAUUCUGGAGGUGGGGGGUCGGGAUGGGAGGGUGCAAAGUGUGAGGAAAAGUAGAUUUGUUUCUGGACAUCAUUCCUUCACAGUCACUGUUUUGACUUCUCAUUACAUACACUAAUGAUUUGUUACCAUUUUACUUUCAGACUCUUGAAAUGAUAUAAUGAAGAAAUACCUUUAGGCAUAUUAUCAAGACAACUUUUUUUGAAAAUGCUGGUUUUGCGGAUUAAUUUUUAUCCCAUUAACAAGUGUAAAGGGUUGUUACAACUUGUUAUGAAAAAAUUGGAGGUAUGUUGAAGUCAUCAUUGAGACAGCUGUUGAUACUGGCAACAACCCAACACUGUAUCAGUUUGGGUUAGGGCACUUUGUAUUUGCAUACUUUGUACCUUGAUGAUUUUCCUAAAGACUACUGAAAAAUUGUGGCUAGAAGAAUGCUGCUGCAGUGUAGAUCUCUUUGGGUGAAGGCUGGCAUUCUACCUCCGGAGGACACAAGAGGUCAUCAUCUCAGAAUUGAGGCUGUACAGUUUCUAAUACCCAGACACACUACAAAUUGUCCUUUACGUCCCUUCUGUUUCGUUCAGGCCAUACCUACUUCCCCUCUCCAGAUUAGAAUUGGGCCUGCUGGAAUAAAGCCCAACUUAUUUCAAAGCUUCUUUUUUCCUAAGAUGUUCAUAUGAAUAAUAAUGUCUUUUUUGGAGCAGUUUCCUUGGCCAGUUAUAGAAUUUGGUGAGCUUUGUAGAGCUUAGGGCCACUCAUUUUAGAGGUUCGUAACAUUCUAAGUAAAUGCUUAAAUCUUGUCACACUGUUAAACACUAUGGUUUCCAUCCAUAUCCCUUUGGGGAAGAUAUGAUAAAUCAGACGUACCCUUAAACAAAGGUAUUUUUCUUACCACAUAUUAGAGUAUGUAGCUUUUUUUAGGGUACCAAAAAGGCAGACAACAUACCAUAUGCACAAAUGAUUGGAAGAGGUCACAAAGAAAAGGAAUACAGAGUCCCUGCCCUCAGGGGGCUUGCCUGUAAGAGGUGAGACCUCACAAGAUGCUAACAAUAUAAAAUAGCAUCCAUGUGCCCAAAGAGUGGAAUAACAAUUAGUCCCACAUGCCUUCAGAACGAAGGUGAGGAUUCAUCCUUUUAAUCUACAAUGGACACGAAGAGAACAAUCAUAAAAGUAAUACCUAAAUCUACAUACAGCCUUUGUCAGCCGAGCUUGCCUGGAAUCCUCCUCCUGUCCGUGAGUGGUGGUCACUCCUCAGCUUGGACCGCCAGAACAGCAAGCCUGUGUACGUUCCCAUAGCUGCUCAAGUCCACAGGGCCUAGUGGACAGGAGACUGGGCCUCAGGUUCACAAGACCUGGGUUUGAAUCAUACUCAGAGACCCUAGGCAAGUAUUUCCCUUCUCUCAGCCUCAGUUUUCUCAUCUGUAAAAUGGAAAUAGUACUUAGCCUGUAGCAUGACCCAUGUUUGUUAUGAGGAUCAAAGAGAGAAAUGAUGUGUAUAAAGUACUU